AUGCCAUUAUUCAAAGUAAAAGGGGAAGGAACAAAUAUUGCAUAUCAUGAACAGAUUUAUACUUAUAAAAAUGUAGAAAAAUACGAUGAAGAUAUAAUAGAUAUUGAUAAGAAGUUUUUGAAAAUUCCUAACAAGAAUUUGGAAAUAUUAAAAAGAAUAAAUAUUUAUUCAAAAUAUGAUAAAAAUGAAGAAACAAAUAAUGGACUUAUAAAAAAAAGGAAACGUAUACGUAAUAAAAUAUAUUCUAAUAAUUUAAUAGAUGAUAUAAAAUAUAUGGAUAUAUUAAUAUGUGGUGAUAAAAAUAGUGGGAAGACGACAUUUUUAAAUUGUAUAGGUUGUAUAGAAAAUAAUUGUCUGGGAAACAAAUGUGAAUAUUAUGAAAAAGAUAAUAAAAAGGAUGAAACAAAAAAUAAAUAUCACAACAAUAAUUAUAAUAAUAAUAAGAAGAUAGAUGUGAAGAAGUUAGAAAAUAAUAUAUCAUAUAAUAAUUUUAAUAAUAAUGAAAAAUAUUCAAAUAAUAUAUUUAAUAUAAAAAAAAAAAAUCAACAAGUUAUAUGGAAUGAUAACAAACUUGAAUUACUAUCUUAUAUACCAAUCAUUUUUUCUAAACUUAUUAAUAGAAAUUAUGAACAAUUCAGGAAAUCAUUUAAAAAGAAUUUUUUAGACACUGAUGUAUGUGAAAUGUCUUUAUUUAUAACAAGGGAUGAUUUAUCUUUUAUUAAUUAUGAGUUUGAAAUAUCUAAUGAUUUUUGUACUAACCAUGAUUUUAAUUAUAUAAAAAUUAAUUUUUGUGAAUAUGGGGAAGAUUUUUUUCAUAAAAUAAAAAAGUACUAUCAAAUCUACUAUUAUAAAAAAAAUAAAUAUAUAUUACAUGAAGAAAUGGAAAAAAAAAAAAAAAAAAAAAAAAAAAAAAACCAAAACUUACCCUUAUUCCAUUCACCUAGGAUAAUGAAUAUGAUCGAAUGUGCUUUAUUCAGAAUACGUGAAAUAAAAUACAUCAACUUUUUUAUAAAUUUAAAAAAGUCUUUUAUUCUUGUAAAGUGCACUACACGUCUUUACAACAUCAUGAUAAAGAAAAGAUAUUUUAAAACAAGUGUAUUAAAAAUAGGAUCGUGUAGAAAUAUCAAGAGGACUAUUAAUAAUAUAUUAUUUUAUAAAAGAAACAUACAUAUAUUAAAUAAAUAUGUUGAUAUAAAAAGUGAUAAUAAGCAAUUUUUUGCAAGUUAUAUAAAAUAUAAACAAAACAAAAAUAAUAAUAAUAAUAAUAAUAAUAAUAAUAAUGAUAAAAGAAAAAAAAAAAAGAAAAACCUUUUUGUUACCAUUAAUGAAGAAUGGAUAUUAAAAACGUUUGAAAAUAUUAAUAUAAUAAAAAAUUUAAAUAAUUAUAAUAUGAAGGACAUUCUUUUUUUGGCUAGUCGUUCAUUCAAUUUUGAAAAAUUAAGUAAAAAAUAUUAUAUAUUUUUUAAUAUAACAUAUAAUAUGAAUAUUAUAAAUAACAUUAUAAAUAAGACAAAGAAAUAUAAUUUACAAAUAUUAUAUUAUUUAAUAAAUAUAUUUGUUUAUAAGAACUGGAAAAUUUAUAAAUACAAGGAAAAGAAAAAUAAAACUAAUAUGAUUACAGAAAUGAUUUUUAAGUACUAUCCUAAUAAAAAGAAGAAUAUAUAUAAUACAACACGUGAAAACAAUAUAUUUAUUAUAUAUAAUACAACACGUGAAAAUAAUAUAUAUAAUAUAUAUAAUACAACACGUGAAAAUAAUAUAUAUAAUAUAUAUAAUACAACACGUGAAAACAAUAUAUUUAAUAUAUAUAAUAUAUAUAAUACAACACAUAGGAAUGAUAUAUAUAAGAUUUAUAAUAUUCAUAAUAGAUCACAUAAGAAGAAUAUAUUAUACAUAUCCAGAAAACAAGCAGAUAUGGUAAAUUUUUUAAAAAAGGACAAAUUAGAAAUUCACAAUUUUUUUAAAAUGUUUUAUGAUGAAUAUAUAUAUAAGAAUCAAAAUAAAUCUUAUGUAAAAUUAUUAGAAGGGGAACAUUUUGACUUGUGCUUUUUAUUUAUGAAAUUAUAUUUUUAUUAUUAUUUUUAUAUAAAUAAUGAGAAAGAAGAAAAUACAACCCUAUAUAGAAAAAACGAGCCGAAACUAAAUUUUCAGAAUUUCAUAUAUUUAAAACAAAUCGAAAUUGUAAGAAAAAAUGACGGUAUAACGUACAAUAAUAUUUGUGUACCUUCAUGUGUUUAUAGUUUUAUAAAUUUAUUAAAAAUGUAUUAUAAGAAUUAUCCAUUUUUUACUUUAAAAAAAAACAAUAUAUUAUUUUUGGUACAUAUUAUUUUGUUAUCUAUAGCACAUUAUAAAUUAAUGAGGAAAAGUUGCGAUUUUCUUUUUCCAUCAAAUAAAUGGACGGUAAAUUAUAUUUGUUAUUUUGAUAAGGCCGUGAUAAUUAAUUCGAUUGUAAGCCUUUUGGAAAAAAAAAAUGAACAUGGUGAACAUAAUAAAUGUGAAGUAAAUAAAAAUAUUAAGAACCAACAAGAUCAUACGAAUAAAUAUAUAUUUAGCCAUAAGAAUGGGGAGAAAAAAAAAAAAUUCCAUGCUAUUUGGUCUUGUGCACAUUAUAAAAAAUAUAAAAGACGUAGGAACAUUUUACAAGGAAUAGUUAAAAAUAUAGAUAUUAAUAAUAUACCACCUUAUUUUAUAAUAAAUAAUAUAAAAACAAAUUGGUUAUACAUUAAAAAGGUUAUGGUCAACUUAAAUAUAUGCUCAUAUCAUAAUCAAUAUAUGUAUAUAUAUCCAAAUAUAUCUUACGAUAUUAUAUUAUAUUUUAAUGAUAAUAAUAAACAUCUCUUCUCUUAUAAUAUGAAUGAGAAAAAUAAUUUUCCUAAAAUUUCAUUCAAACCUAUAUAUAAAAAUACAUAUAGACAUAUUAAAAAUAAAGAUGAUGAUAAAAAAAAAAUAAAAAAAAAAAAUAUAUUACAUUUCCCAUUUAAUCAUAAAGUACUAAAAUAUUUUAGUGAUACCUUUCAAAUGACAAAUGAUGAUAAAGAAAAUGAAUUAUUAUUACAAUAUUUAUAUAUGAACUUUUCUAAAGAGCUUGCAAAUUUAUUAAGAUAUAUUAAUAAGGAAAAAUAUAAAAACAAACAUAAACGUAUAAACCGCUUCGUAAGAAAUAACAUUUUUAUAUUACUCAAUUGUGUAAUGGAUAUAUAUUAUAUUAUGGAAUAUACUUAUCCAGGAAGAAAAAAAAAAAAAAAAAAAAAAGUCAAAUUAAAUGAGAAAAAAAAAAAAUAUAUAUAUAUUACCAUAAAUAAUUCAAAUGAUACAUAUAUAAAUGAAGAGAAUAUACAAAAUAAAUCUUUUAUUGAAAAAGAAGAAAAAAAAAUUACUUUUCAUAUUUAUAAAAAUGACCCUAUGUUUAAUUCUAUUUAUUCUUUAUGGGAAGAUUUAAAAAUUAAUCAAACACAAAAACUAUUGAUAAAUACAUAUUUAGAACAUUUAAGAGAACACCUUAACUUUUCAAUAUAUGCGUAA